CUCCUGGAGACAAGGGCGCAGAGAAGGCGGCACUGUGCUCAGAGGCCGCGCGGGACGCGUCCUGAAAGCACCUGCACCGACUGGGGUGAGGGCUCGGGGGGCUCCUGCAGGCGACAGGCUCUCCCCCCGCCGAGCCUCGGUCCCCAUCGGCAAGGCGCGCGGCGAGCAGACGAGAUGGGUGUGAAGGUCCUUCAUGCAGUGGCUCGGGUGGGAGAUGCUGGUGUACCUCCGGAGAGAUCAGAAAGGAUUCUCACAGUCGAACCUUUGGAAUUGAAAGAAACCUUAGAGAUAAACCAAUUCACAGUAACAGAAAAGCGGUAACGGUCUUCACUCUUCGGACAGGCAGGCUGAUCUACUUGCUUUUAGAUGGUCUAGCAAAAAAAGACCCCACAAAUCCACACGAAAGCAAACCUAGUACGGCAACGUGGACGGGCAGAUAGGUGUUCAAUGCAUCAUUCCUUCAAUUUCCUGCAGGAAUUUUCAAUUAUGAAAUUUUCACAGUAAAAAGAUGAAGAAACAGAGGUAAGGGGGGAAAGAAAUCAAGAAGAUCCAGUCCGAGGGAAAGCCAAGGCUGAAAGGGGAGGGGAGGGGCCGAGACCAUUGUCGGGAUUCACGGAUGAGCUGACCCCAGGGUCAGGGGCCGCGCAGCCCAAGCCUGUGUCAAGGCCCCUCGACGCUCCCGACACGGACGUCCUCAGUCGAGGGACAGACGGCCAAGUGGGCGGGUGCGAGGCCAGGACGAAGAGAGCUGCCUUUCGGCAGAACUUCGGGGACUGUCCCAGCAGGAGGGGGAGCGGCGCGACCGCGUCGGGGGUCCCAGCAGCCAAAGCAGAGCCUCGUAGCGGAAAGGAAGCUGCACGUGCGGGUGGAGAACGGCCGGGGUCUGGGGUAACCAGAGUCCGAGGUCUGAUGGGGGUAGGUUGGGGGUGGGAGAGGCCCCAAGCUCGGCGCACAAAGGGCUCCAGAUGCCACGUGACGCAGCUGCCCCUGCAGAGCGCAGGGGGCGACACCAUCAGACUGCGUCUAGGGAGCUGUGGACACAGGAAACAUGCUCAACACGAGAGGGCGUGAGCUUUCCCGGGCACAGCCGGGGGCGAGGACCGAACCUGGGGCACCUGCGCCCAGGGCAGCCAGACCCACGAGGAGCCCGGCGGGGAGCGGCCAGCAGGGCCCGGGAUCGGGAAGCGGAGGCCACGGGCACGUCCUCGAGUCCCUGCACCUUCCACGCUGAGCAACGGCCUCUAACCCCAGGAGCUGCAGCGAGUUUAGGGGACUGGACCCCAGCGGGGGAGAGGAAAGAGCCAGUUGGCCAGUUGCGGGUGGAGGCUGCAGGUCUGAAGAGGGGACUAAUCGAGGAAGCAAAGCCCAGAGGAUGGGGGUGCGGGUGAGUCAGCGGGUCAGAUGCAGAGGUUGGCUUUAACAGAGAAAGGACCUGUCGUCGGGGUCCAGACGGACGAAUGGGGCAUGAGAGCAGAGACAGAGGGACCUCGGACGUGCAGGACACCAUCGUACCCGACAGACCGAACGUCUCCACAAAGCAGAGCCGAGACCCCGCGCCUGGAGGGAGGGCCGGCGUCUGAAAGGAAAACCGGGGAGCCGGUUUGAGGGGCGCGAGACGCAAAGGUGAGUGAAGGACGGCUGAGCGCACGGAAACCUCUCCAACGCCUGCGUCACCUUUUCUCUCGUUCCAGCUUCUCACCAAGAAGCCAGAAAUGUGAACGGGUACCACGCACAGCUUCAUUAUUUUCUCCGUCUCUCAAAGGAGAGAGAAAGGUGCUGAGUGGAGAGAGGGGAUGGCAGGAGCCCGGGCCGGAUGGGCGCAGCAGAAGCAGCCGGAGGGCCCGGGGUGCGGGCGAGAGAUGACCGGUCACCACCCGGGCGGGAGAGAAGUCCCGGGAGAGGCUGCCGGCCCCCCGGGAGCAAGCGGCCCCUCAGGGCGAGGCGCAGGCACAGCGGGACGUGGCACGAGUGAGGCCCCCAGAGGGCGAAGGCCAGCGGCAGGGGCAGAGGAUGAAGGAGGCCACGCUGCUGGAGUUUCUGAUUCCGCCCCGCUCACAGCGACGCCCGCGUCCAGGCCUGGGAUGCAGGGUGCGGCCGUGAGUGGGAAUAGGGGUAGGGGGGUCGGGGGGGGGAGGCAGAGGAGGCAGAGCAGCCCUCGGGCCACCCUCAACCCAGGAGAAACCCACAUGGAGAAACAGGGCACCGGGCUGAGAAUAAGACCCCAGCACAGAGUCCAGUCCGCAGGCACUACUCUGAGCUGCUCCGUCCCCAGCCAGGGCACCACAACUAACAAAGACCUUCAGCCCUGUCCUUCGCGACAACGGGCUAGGCCGCGGACGCCCACGACACUUCCGCCAGCACACAGAUUUCUGUCAAAGAAAUCAGGAUGCUCUCAGUCAAGCUGGAAUCUCAUCACCAGGACUCCAGGGGCAAAAAGCACGGGAUCUGCAGCAGACAGCCUUGCAUUUGAAUUCCAGUUCUACCAACCACGUGACCGCACAGGCUCUUUACCAAAGCCACGGUUUCUCAGCUGCAAACUGGAGACAGCAAUACGCCCCUCAGUGUUGCUUGCAGGGUCAGAAGGGCCCAUACGUAAAGGGGCCCCUGGGGACGUGCUCCAGUCUCUCCUGCCCAGGGCCUUCCCCCUGCGGGAACGGGGACCGGACGGCAGGCCCCCCCACUCGACAGACUCCCUCAGGACCCUCUGACGUGACCCAGGAGGCAAGGACCGUCCACCCGACGGGGGACAGGAGUAAGUCAUCAGCACCAGUAAAACGGGCUCUGUCGCCUGGAUUAACGUACUGGGUCGUCACUUCAGUACAGAGGGUUCAAAAAACCUCCGUGAUCCAGUGUGUUUAGAAUAGACUGUUCUCUCAUUUCCCCUUAGUAGCUCCUACUCUUACUAACAGAACCUCAGCAAGAGUAAACACCCUAAAAGAUGUUCCUCCCCUUGUCUAUUUUCCACGCUCGCAGGUCACCUACUGCCCUGUCCACCAGGAAGGGGCCCCUCGUCUCUCAGGGCUGGUGCUGUCCUGAGCGUGUGGCUGGAAGCAGAUGCCAACGGGGCCCCACCCAUCUCUCCCUCUGAUCUCACGGCCCUGGCGCCACUGCUGAGCCCCGUUGUGAAGCCCGAGGCCUGUAGCCAAUCCAGCACCUCCAGGGCUGAGGGCCCGGCAGAGAGAAGGACGGCAACGGGGCCAGGAAGAGCCCGGCUUCACGUCCAAACCAACCCUCUCACUUCAGGACUCUGCUACGCUGGCUGCGCCAGGUCUUAGUUGCGGCACACAGGAUCUUCACUGUGGCAUGCGGGAUCUUUAGUUGCAGCGUGCAGGUGGGAUCUAGUUCCCGGACCAGGGAUCGAACCCGGACCACCUGCAUUGGCAGCACGGAGUCUUAGCCACUGGACCACCAGGGAAGUCCUCUACACAGCUUUUUAAAAAAUAAAUCCUAUUAAUGAAAACAACUGUAAUGAGUUGGCAGUAAGAGGUACCAGGCACCGUAUUAGGACUUAUAUAAAGACAACUCAUGUAACUAUUGUCAGGCUUAGCUCAAUAAACACCGACUAUCAUCCCCUCAACCACCAUUCCUUCUCGUCAUCUUUGCUUGAGUUUUCUUUGGUUCUCGGCUUUGUUUUGUUGACAUGAAGAGAAGAAAAUGAAGGAGGCUGGCAGGACACACACUAUAGAGUCCAAGUCAGGGAGAUGCUGCGACCCACGGUGUCCCAGGUGAGAGCCCUCCCUGGGACGGUGGCAAUGAGAGGAAGGAACAGGCACAGUGCCACCAGUGGAGACCUUCACAGGGCAAAGGACAGCUCUUCGUCAAGCGUGUACCUCUGCCACCACGUCUUCAAUGAAAGCUAUUGAGUUCCGAUAUUUAACUUGGGGUGCCACUUUUGUUAGGCACACCCAGGAGGGCCUAAUUUUUCCACUCAUCUUGUUUAAUUUCUGCCCCAAACCAGGAAACAAAAUAUACUAGAGCAACCAAACACAUUUCCAGACGGCAUGUUACCCCUAGAGGUCCCUGGGGUUCUCCUCUGCCUUAGAGGUCAGUCUACAUUGCUUUGGACUUUAAUUUUUUAAACCAGUUCUAUCAUAAGGAUCAUUUACUUCCCGAGUGGUGAAAGAUGGAAACAGAACUGCCCUUGGAGCGAGUUGCAACAGCAAAAGGGGAAGUGCAACCAAAUAAGCCAGCUUCCGUGGUAGGCAGGCAGCCAGCUGAGACUUGUAGCACACGCCAUCCAAGAAAGGACUGGCAGCCACGCCCGGACAUUCACCGAUGUGGACACAUGACCUUCCCCUUUCCGAUCGCCAACAUUGGCCGCCCCCCGCCCCCCAGUUAAGAUUUGAGUCAACCAACAGUGAGAAAGCCAAGUUAUUACAAAGCCUGGUACACCCUAAUUCUGGUUCUCACUUUUACUCAGAUUUUUUUGUUCAUCAAAUCCAGGACUUCGCAGGAGGAAACACUACUGACUGCCCAGUUUCGAGCUGUUUCAGCCCGAGGCAUUAGGAGGGCACCUGGAACAAAGGACUGAGUCAGCAGCGGGCAACCAGCCAGCACUGUCAGGCCGCCCUAGAGGAGAG